AUGUCACGAAGAAAACAACCAAACUCAAAUAUAUAUAAUGCUUCAUCAUCAAUAGACGAAGUUGAAUUAAUAUUUUCAAAUAAGAAUACAUUCCAAAUGUUAAAAUCACAAAUUUUAACAAACAAUGAUGGAAAGCUAACAAGGUUUAUUGAAGAUACAAUACGUUACUUAAAUGUUUUUAAUUAUCCUUAUGAAAUGUUUUAUUACGUUGGAAAAGAUGAUAAAAAAAUUUGUUAUUCUAUACGUUCCGAUGAUAAUGCUACUAAAGGCAUUGAAGAUUUAUUGAAGGAAUUAAUCAUUUCUGAUAAAGGAAAGAAAAUUGAUAAAAUUUAUUUUUUGGCAGAUAAAAAG